AUGUCUGUAACAGGUGUCUUUGGGGAAAAUUUUCCCGAUCGUGUGAGUGACGCUUGCACCAAGAAAUUUAACUCAUUAGGGAAGAUGGGAAAGCCAAAGGAUGACGGCGAAUACACACUACUUGCGUGUGUAGUAAAAAGGGACACCGAUGGUAAUUUAGAAGUCGUUUCUCUAGGCACAGGCUCUAAAUGCAUUGGAGCUUCUCUUUUGCCUCAUCAUGGCAAUGUGCUUCAUGACAGUCAUGCAGAAGUCAUAGCAAGGAGAGCCUUCUUACUCUACCUUAUCGAUCAGAUUGGUCGGGCGGCUUCUGGAAGUGGGAGUGUACUUGAACGCAAGGAGAAUGGAAAGUUUGGGAUUAAACCGGGCUUUUCUUUUCACUUUUAUAGUAGCCAUACCCCUUGUGGAGAUGCUUCAAUAUUUUCAAAGCAAGAAUUUUCUCAAGACUGUUUUGGGGAAGAACUAUUGGAUGGUAAAGAGGUAAUAUUUGGAGAUAAGGUAAACACUGGCGCAUGUAAAAGCCUCAUUGAUGGAGACAGGUCAAGUCUUGAGAGCAUUGUUCAACCUCCUUUAAAGAAACUAAAAAGUAUGCAAGAUGGAAGUUCCAUUCUUUCUUAUCAGUCAUUAAAUUGCCAAAAUAGAGGUAACCUGACUGUAUGUUUGCAAGACAUCUCAGAAAACAGCUCCAACAUAACAGAUACACAUACUCAGAAUGGAGAGAAGCCCAUCGAAGCCACAGAUAUUCACAGAACAGGUGCAAAGUGCGUGAGUGGGGAAUUAGAAGACCCGAAAGUACCAGGUGCAAACUACCAUGUCACAGGAGCUCUGCGUACGAAGCCAGGGCGUGGUGAUCCCACACUUUCCAUGUCUUGUAGUGAUAAAAUUUUCAAGUGGACUGUUUUGGGAGUGCAAGGAGCAUCACUCAUGCUAUUCCUAGAAAAACCAAUUUAUUUAGAAAGUAUCACAAUUGGUCACUGUCCCUAUAGUCAAGAAGCAAUGGAAAGAGCAGUAUUUGCCAGAUUCAGAGAUCAGUUGCAGAAAGUUAAUUUACCACCAGGUUUUCAACAAAUAAUUCCUUGCAUUUUCCAGUCCAGCACUGCCUUCCCCUAUUCACGAUCUGUCGUCACUAACAACUGCACGGAUCCAGACCGGGUGAAGCCGUCCCCUAGCACCUUGAUCUGGAGCCUGACUGACUUCCACAGCAGUAAGCACGAGGUUUCGGUCAAUGGCUGUAAGUUAGGGACUACCAAGAAAAACAUUGGAACUUCGAAGAGCUGGGUCAGCAUUUGUCGACAAGUGCUUCUACAGAAGUUUGUUUUAUUGUUGAAAAAGACUAGUAGUGUAUCAGAGCCAUGUGAUGGUAAAACCUACACAGAAUGUAAAGAGUUAUCAGGAAAUUAUCAGGCAGCAUGGAGGACUUUGAAAAAUCAUGUGUUGCGUAAUUGGACGAAAAAGCCUGGAUAUACAAGAGAGUUCAAAUUAGACAGUUGUGGUAUAAAAUGAGUUGUCAAGGGAAUGUAUAGUUUAUCUUUAAAAAUGGCUGAGUUGAGUUAUGUUUUCAUGCCAAGUGUAUGCUACAAUUUUAUUUUUCAGAUUAAUUGAUCUUCUUUGCUUGUCUUUUGUCUGAGAGUAAAGGAUUUUUGUUGAAUUCUUUUGUGACAUUUUAUCGAGAUAAGAGAAAUACUUCUUUAACUGUUUUGAUCUUGUAAAUGAUACAGAAACUUAUGAAGUUUGACAUGUAUUGUUUCCAGUUUUUAGAUAAUAAAAGAGUGUGCUUAUUUUAUUUUUUUUCUUAUUGUUGUGGCCUUUUUAGAGCAAUGUAUUGACCAAAAAUAGCCAAUAAAUAUAUGUAUUGGCAUUCUUCAUAUGACCAAACAAAUCCACAAAAUUGUUAGCUUAUAGCACCAUAAGCCAUAUGUAGUGGUAUACCAGUGAAAAUUUUGUUAGUCUGGGUAUGUCAAAGCUAAAAUCCCUCUUUUGAGGUAAGUUCUAGUGAGAAACUUAUUAUUAUUGUACAUUUCAAUAUCAUUGUCUGAAAUGAAACUGAUCUUUUUUUAAUUGUAUCCCCAUUAUAUUAAUGGAACAUGGAGAACUUUAGGAUGAGUAGAUUGGACGUCAAUAUGGAUAAACCUUUACAUUAGUGAAGACAGGUCACCAGCUAAUCUGAAGGUGAGGCUCUGUUUUAUGAUUAAAAUUACUGUUGGAAAAAAUAUGCAUAUCGGUAACAUUAAUAUUACGAUUUUGGUAUGUGCAUUCUGUCAUUAUUAUUAUUCAGAUUAUUUCUGGUGGAAAACUUUGUCAUAUAGCCAGAAUAUAUUCCAGUUAUUUCAGUUAUCUGAUGGUACUAAUGUACUUACUGUAUCCAUACAUGGUUUGAAGCCUUUAUUUUAAAAACAUCACCGUACAAUGAAUGUCGUCUUGUGGGUUUUGGUUAUAAGUAGAGGCAGCUUCUAUAAGUCUUUGAGUUUUUCUAAUUAUUUGGCUGUUCCCUCUUCCAUUUGCUCUUCUGUCAUACAGUUUAUGUAAAGCCAAAUUAGUUAAACAUAUGUUCUUUGUCAAUGUGUUGAAGAAAACAUUAAUAAACUUACUAGAUCUAA